AUGGGACCGUCAGCCAAUCAGGAACGGGUCUUGGAGAUAAACAAGGAACGUGGACAGACAACAAAAGAACGGAGCGGCAACGGACCCACACCACGCCAACGGGCUAAAGGUGUUACCCUGUAUGUGUACAGCCCCCUGUUGAUAGCCCAUUCACUGGCAAAUAUAGUCAUCACUGAGAAGACUGCAACCAAACCUGAGGGAUCAUGUGUAACAAUUACCUGCACUUAUACAGAGAUAAGUGAGACACUGCUCUGGUUUAAGAAUCCUGAGUACAUUCAUUCAGAAAAGCGUUUUAAUGGGACUAUUGUAUACAGCAAUACAAAGGAGCACCCACAGUCUACUGAGUACUUAAACAGAGUGCACUUUCUUUCUGAAGAUAAAACAAGUGAAGCGAAAUCAUGCUCCUUAAGAAUUACUGAUCUUCAAAAGCAGGACAGUGGACAGUAUAACUUCAGAUAUAUAAAUACAAAUAGCAAAUAUAUGAGUAAGCCUAUGGUUCUUUCAAUAACAGGUAAGUCCUGUUGGCUUGUUUUUAUUUUUAGGAGUUUGGAGGACCCGAUUUGUAUUUAUUUAAUUAAUUAUGCCUUGUUAUUUGUUUACUUAAUUUUGGACAAUCCAUGCAAGGUCCAUUUGAACUUAUCAGAGAUGAACAAAACAAUUAAAGAAGGUGACACAUUGAUUCUUCAUUGUGCAACAUCUGCAACCUGUGAGUUUCCUGAAUGGGACAUGCCUGACACAGAACAAAAAAAUAACAUCCAGAAAGAAAAUCCAGAACAGGAAAAAAACACCAAGCUGACGCUGAAGGUGAACUGGGAAGAUGAUAAGAAGACUUUAAAAUGCCAUCCAGCUAAUAACAAUGAUGACUGCCUGGCUAGGGGUGUCACUCUUAACGUGCAAUAUGCACCCAAAGAUGUAAAGUUGUCAGAAAGAGAUAAGAUAGCAAAUGAGGGAGAAGAUGUCAAAAUCACAUGCUCCAGCAAAGCCCAUCCAAAUGCAACAUUUAAGUGGAGAAAAAGAAACAAUCAAAGCACUAUUUACCAGGAAGGAAUGGUGCUUAACCUGCCUUCAAUAAAACCAGAAGACAGUGGCAAGUACUACUGUGAGGCCUCCAACAUACAUGGAAACGGAACCUCACAUGACAUCGACAUUGAUGUUUUUCAUCCUCCAAAAGGUGUCCGUGUCAUUGCUACCUCCAACAGUUUAAAAGAAGGAGACAACCUUACUCUUACAUGCAUGGUGACAAGUAGCAAACCAGAAGUUCAACAGGGAUCCUACAAAUGGUUCAAAGAUAAUAUAGAAAUAGUUACAAAAGACAAUAGUCAAUUAACCUUUUUAAAUAUAGAACCAAGUCAAAACGGAACUUAUUACUGUCAAGCUAUCAAUUCAGUUCAAGCAACAGCAUCUGAUCUCAUCAACAUAUCUGUAAAGUAUGCUCCACAAAACACAGCCAUUCAUGGCACAUCUGAAGUAAAGCUGGGUCACACUCUUGACACUCUCAGGUGUACAACUGAUGCAAAUCCUCCCCCUAACAAUUAUUCGUGGUACUUUAAACAAGAGAACACACACAAAUAUGUUUCUCUUUCACAAACUCGAUCACAGAAUUUGUUUGGUUUUGCGGAUGUUUCUGAUGCUGGAUGGUACAUGUGCAGUGCCAGGAAUGCUCUUGGUUCAGGGUCCAAUUCUACUGAAUUUCAAGUUUCUGUACUUUAUCCUCCCAGGCAACUUAAUCUGAAUAUAAAACCUGUUGUAAAAGAGUCUGAAAAGCUGACCAUUCAGUGUACUGUUAAAAGCUCACCUCAGUCAACCCUCACAUUAAGAAGAACAUCUGUAAUGGAACCACAAGGCAAUUUAAUUUUGUCCAGCAGUCAAACAUCCAACAUUCUGACUUUCUCUUUCAACGUGUCUGAGUCAGAUUCUGGCAUUUACACCUGCACAGCAAAAAACACAGAGGGGCAAAACUACACAAAACAAGACUUAAAGGUUUUGUAUUCCCCCAAAAAUGUUACAAUCACAGCACAUCCUGGAACAGAGCUAAAAGAGGGAUUUAACCUGACACUCACCUGUACAGCUCGUUCUGACCCCCCUGUGUCCAGUUAUAGCUGGAUGAAAUCUGUUGAAGCACAUUCAGUGAAGGUGGGAGAUGGACCUAUAUUAACACAACACUUUCUUAAGGACUCUUACUCUGGAAAUUACUCCUGCAUUGCCAAAAAUUAUCUUGGCAGCACUCAUUCUGCACCAGUACAUAUCAAAGUCAAGUAUCGACCACACAUAACAGUUAUUAAUAACGUGACAUUACUGGCUCACUGGGCUGGAGAUGUUCCAGUCCAUCUGAGCUGUAAUGUCCACUGUUACCCUCCCGCCACUUCCUAUGCUUGGUAUCGACUGGAAGACGAAACUGCUCUGUCUAAUUCUCAAAGCUACACUGUUCAACCACAAAACCCGGGAACGUACUACUGCAGCGCAACAAAUGAAAUGGGGUCAUCAAAAUCCGAACUGGUUCAACUUUAUGCUAACAGUUUCAGUCUUCAGUAUUUUUUCAUUUCUAUAUUUGUUGUCUGCAUUCUGAUAGGUAUCAUAUUUCUGGUACACAGAUUCCUCUCAGGAAAAAAAUUCUUUGGUACAAAAGAAGAGCACAAGCAAUCUUUUUUCUUGUCAAUUAUGCCAACAUUAUCAUCUACAUUAUCAGACUUGCACUUAUUGGGCUCACGUAUCAACACCCAGGAGAACUUGGUUACUGAAGGAAUUACAGAGCGAAGAGCCUUAAACAACCCAUCCACUGCUGCUGCAAACCAAAAUAUUUCAGCCAGCAGGAACCAGCAGGGGUCACUUUCUAACAUUCACACAAUGCAUGAUGCUCCUAAGUUAUCACAAGCCAUGCCGAAAGGACAUCGUUAUACAGAAGAUGAUUUGACCACUAUUAACUAUGCGACUCUACAGUUCCCAGUUAUCAACCAUUCAAAUAAAAGUGCAUCCAAGAAUGAUGGUUGUGAAAUAAUCUAUGCUAAUGUCUCAAAUAAUAAGCAAAAGCCAAAGAAUGAAAAUGAAGAUUAUGAAAAUGUAAUUGGUGCAUUUGCUUCAAAGCCGCCUUUUUCAAACACAAUCUGGGAUUGGGAUAGCAGUGAUGAGGAAGAAGAGGUGAAUUACUCCACUGUGUCCAUAACUGUAACAGCUCACCACAAUCCUCGUAAACCUAAACUCAGUUCGGAGGAUGAAGACAAAACUGAAUACUCUGAAAUUAAAGUUUAACAUUAAUAAAACUGUACGUACUAUUAUGUAUUUUUUAGGCUUCUUACACAGUCUGCAGGCUUUUGCUCAUAUAUACAACUUUUAAAAACUUUUUGUGUUCCUGCUGUACAGGGUUAGUGGAAUGACUAUAUGGUACAAAGUUAUUAUUAUUAUUAUUUUUAAUUUCCUGUGUAAACCAUGUGAAAUGCUAUAAUUGAUGUUUAAUAAUAUAAUUUGUGUUUUUGUGUCUUUGUGCAAACUGAGACAUGAGAAAAAUGUCAUUGUACUGGACCAGUGUAUGUGUACAUAUUACAAUAAAGGCAUUCUUCUUCUGUAAUAUCAAUAUCAAGUACCUCAUAAGUAAACUAUUUUAUUGAUCAAGUAGCUGUUAUUUACCUAUUGUAUCAUUUGUAUAGACUCAGUCAGCAUGUUUACCAUGCUUUUUACUGGUGCUACAGUUUCAGCUCAUCUUCCAAAAACAUGCAGUGGAUUAACACUUUUUUUUUUUUUUUUAUUGUACAUGUCCAUCAAGUUAAUCACCCA